GUACGUUUCCAUAGGGAGCAGACACGCGCACGCUCACGCACCUUAUCGUAAGAGCUAGGAUUAAAACGCUACUUGAAUUUUUAUCUGGAGAAACUUGGUGGUUAUCGGCAGGCCCAGACAACGGCCGAGGCAAGGAACUACACCCCUAAAUGGCUUUCGAAGGCACAGUGUCGACUGUUGGCUGACCUGUAUCGCCAGGAUCCAACCUUUCCAGCGAUGGAUCAGUUUCUGCGAGAUGAGUUUUGAACUUCAAGAACAGGAAGGUUAAAAAGCUGAUGAAACGAUCUUUAGCGAUGAUGAAUCGCUACACCACCCUGAGGCAGCUGGGUGAUGGUACCUAUGGCAGUGUGCUGAUGGGGAGAAGCAACGAGUCUGGAGAACUGGUGGCCAUCAAGAGGAUGAAGAGGAAGUUUUAUUCAUGGGAAGAAUGUAUGAACCUAAGAGAAGUGAAGUCACUGAAGAAGCUGAACCAUGCUAAUGUGGUGAAACUGAAGGAGGUCAUCAGAGAGAAUGAUCACCUCUACUUUGUCUUUGAGUACAUGAAGGAGAAUCUCUACCAGCUCAUGAAGGACAGAGAGAAUAAGAUGUUCUCAGAGAAUGAAAUUAGGAACAUCAUGUUUCAAGUGCUAUCUGGGUUGGCUUUUGUACAUAAGCAUGGUUUUUUUCAUCGAGACAUGAAGCCAGAGAAUCUGUUGUGCAUGGGUCCAGAGCUGGUCAAAAUAGCAGAUUUUGGACUGGCCAGAGAGAUCCGCUCCAAACCUCCUUACACAGACUACGUAUCAACCAGAUGGUAUCGAGCUCCAGAGGUCCUGCUCAGGUCGUCUACUUACAGCUCUCCUAUUGACCUGUGGGCUGUGGGCUGCAUCAUGGCUGAGCUUUACACACUCCGACCUCUUUUCCCCGGGAACAGUGAAGUGGAUGAGAUCUUUAAGAUCUGCCAAGUCUUGGGCACUGUCAAAAAAAUGGAUUGGCCAGAGGGCUACCAACUAGCUUCUGCUAUGAACUUUCGCUUCCCCCAAUGUGUGCCGACCCACCUAAAGACCCUGAUCCCGAAUGCCAGCAAUGACGCUAUUGCACUGAUGAAGGACCUGCUGCAGUGGGACCCCAAAAAAAGACCAACUGCCGUACAGGCCCUGCGUUACCCAUACUUCCAGGUAGGCCAAAUACUGGGGCCACGACCUCAAAGCCAGGAGGUCAAGAAAGUCCAAGCCAGGUCACUGGCUCAGAAGCAGGCCUCGGAGUCCAAGACUGAUCCCCAGCAGUCUUCCUCUGAGUCCAAAGCCUCCACACCAUCCUUGAAAAAUCAUCAUCAUCAUCAGCAGCAGCAGCAAAAUCAACAUCAGCCUCUUAAACAGAUCCCCCUGCCCCAAGCUGAGAGCAAACCAGGAGGUGUCAGCCAUGCAAAAGCAGCAUCGCUGGGCACCGAGAACAGUGUUGGUGGAGGUGGGAUAGGGGUACUGAAGAGCAGUCGUCGUCGCUGGGGCCAGACGGUGGCCAAAACCUCAGAUAGCUGGGAGGAAACGGACCUGGCAGAAACCACUGCCUCCAACUCCAAGAAACCCACCCUGGCGAACGCAGAGGAGGAGAGGAGCCCUAAAGAGCACCACUCACAGCCCAAGGAGCAGAAACCUCUGUAUUCCUUCAGCACAGUCACCAAGCUACCCAACAAUGUUAAGAUGGGCCAAACGGACUACAAUCUUCCAGGAUCUGCCGCACGGCAGCACUAUCUCAGCCAGUCUCGGUACUUGCCCGGGUUGAUCAGCAAAAAUCAAACUAACUCAGGAGAUAAGGAGUUGAGUGGGAUGACCUUGCGGGACCUGUGGGAGAACUCCUCAAAUACUGUGAACAAACCGCUCGCACCGAUUGGAGGAGGAUUAUCAGUCACCAGAACCAACGCAGCUGCGAGACUAGAAGAGAAUACCUCUAAGUCUGUGGAUAGCCCGCCAGAGAAAACUGUUGUUAAAGAGAGAAUACUGGAGAAAAUCGAUCUCUCCAAAGGGAAUUUUGUGAGCACAAAGUACAACCUCUCUGGUGGUUACAUCCCUUCAUUCCAAAAGAAAGAGGUGGGCUCAGUGGGGCAGAGGAUCCAACUCGCUCCUUUGGCUGGGCAGCACACAAUCAAUCUUUCUUCUUCUCCUGAUAAUAAAAAAGACAAAGCAAAAGCUGCAAAGCCCAAGCCCAUAUCCAACUCAUCUUUGAGUGAAACCAAUGAAGAUUACGAGGGCUGGAAGAGAAGGACAGACGGGAAUCAGAUGAAGGGAAACAGCUACUCAGCUCUGGGGAAAACCUCUGGGAACCUCCUGACCAGAGCCCCCGCCGUGCAGCCUGUCCACGGCAGGGUAGACUGGACAUCCAAGUAUAGUGGAAAUCGAUAGCUCUGGGAAGAAGGUGUUACAGCUUCUGCUUGUUGAGCAGUGUUGCCAUAGGAACACAACUUUGGCAGAGAAAAAUAAUCCUGUUUUUUUUUUUUUUUUUUUUUUUUUUUUACAUUUAAACUCAAAUCUUGAGGAAAUACAUUAAUGCUGUAUGUUUCCUGACACAAGCUACAUCAAGAUGUUGUGGGGACAUUUUUCAUAAUGUUUAUACAUAUACAUUGCAUGGAAUCUCUAUGUUUUGGAGAUGAAGGUUGCCAUGAUGCUGAACCAAGACUGAUACAGUCUGCAAGACAAUCCCACUGUAUCCCUGAAGGAUCCAGUGUGAGCCAACUCUACUGUUAGUUUUUGGAUAGUCUGAAUAGAAUUUAAAUGUAGCAUCACUUUUUUUUUUCUUUUUUACUAGUUUUUAUUGUCAAGUAUUGUUUCACUAUCUGUGCACAAAAUGUUAACAGCCUUUCAACUGUUCCUACAAUGCUGCAUUCUCUCUGCUUUUAUCCACUAUAGCAUAGGUGACUGAUGCGAAAAUGUUCAACAGUUAUGACUGCAAGAAGGAUUACAUCAAUUUACUCUGAAUAUUUUAAAGCAACCGCAAAUGUCUUUUAUGUUAUGCAAUGCAUAAACUGACCUGUUUUGUAAACAUUUUAUACAAAUAAAUAUAUAAAAGUUCA